AUGUGUGACGUUCCUGACUUAAGUUCUGAUGAAGAACAGUUCGAGGAUGACGAAUGGCAAGAAAUGGAAGCUAGUAAUACAGCAGUGGCAUGUUUAUUUUGUACCAACACACUUCCAUCGAUAGAUGAAGCGGUGUCGCAUUGCGACUCCGUUCACGGUUUUAAGUUAAGUGAACUUAAAAUAAAAUUCAAUAUGGAUUGCUAUUCUUAUAUUAAACUUAUAAACUACAUAUAUAUUAAUAAAGCGAAACCGGAAGAGAUCAUGCUAUCUGACAAACCAUUGUGGGAUGACGAAAGAUAUCUGAAGCCAGUUGACAAUCAUGAAUGGUUAAUGUUUGAUUUUGACUCUUUAGUAGAAAAACAAAGCUCUCCAAAAUCUUACCAUGCUAAUGUUGAAAAUGGUUUAGUAACUUUAUCUCAGGCCCAUUUCAUAGAACUACAAAAGACAAUACAAACUCUCACUGAACAGCUGAAAGAAAGCCAAACACACCUUCAAAUGGCGAAGGAAGAUGUUAAUAAAAUGCAACUUUCUAUGAAGUCUCUAGUUGAUAAUGGACCUUUGAAUUCCGAUGAAAGCACAUCGGUUGUUGAUUGUGUGUCAAAAGUGCCCUUAGAGUGUGAUGAAGGCUAUUUCAGUAGUUAUGCCCAUUUUGGUAUACAUUUUGAAAUGCUGUCAGAUAAAGUUAGAACUGAAAGCUAUAGAGAUGCGAUACUUAAUAAUCAUGACACAUUUAAGGAUAAAGUAGUCUUAGAUCUUGGUUGUGGAACUGGAAUCUUAUCAAUGUUUGCAGCAUCGGCUGGUGCUAAGAAAGUCUAUGCUCUUGAUCAGUCUGACGUUAUUUACCAUGCAAUGGAUAUAAUAAGAGAAAACAAGUUGGAAAAUGUCAUUCAAACUGUAAAGGGGAGACUUGAAGACAUGAAACUAGAAGAAAAUGUUGAUAUUAUUGUGUCUGAGUGGAUGGGGUACUUCCUUCUAUUUGAAGGCAUGUUAGAUAGUGUUAUUUACGCUAGAAACAAAUGCUUAAAUUCUGGUGGGUUAUUACUACCCAAUAAAUGUACUAUUAGCCUUCUAGCCAAUGGUGAUGUAGAUACUCACAAAGAUUUAAUAGAAUUUUGGUCUAAUGUAUAUGGUUACAAAAUGAACUGUAUGAAAUCUGAAGUAGUAAGGGAAGCUACAAUAAGUGUAGUACCCAAUGAACAUAUUUUAUCUGACCCAUGUGUUAUUAAAGAAAUAGAUAUUAAUACUUGUACUACAAAUGUAAUGAAUUUUGUAUCAGAGUUUAAACUCUUGAUAACAAAAGAUGGCUUUUUAACAUCAUUAGUAGGUUAUUUUGACACAUUCUUUGAUCUGCCAGAAAGUGUCUCAUUCACUACAGGCCCUCAUAAAACUCCAACACACUGGAAACAAACUAUAUUCUUCUUUAAAGACUGUAAACAAGUUAAGAAGGGUGAUAUUGUUAAAGGAAAAAUAACUUGUGCUAGACAAAAGGGUGAUGUUCGCUCGCUGGCUAUUGAAAUCAGUGUGUUUGGAAAAAAUCAUAAAUAUAUUCUUAAUUAA